ACAGCGCCCGCCCCGUUCCCCCUUUCCUCUAUCUACAAACCACCGCUGCACCCUCUCUCUUUUUCUCGCAGACCACCUCGAGCUCAUUGCCUUAUCGGCGGCCAUUGUCCUUGCGUGGUCCGGUAGUUGUUGCCUGCACAGUGUGAUCGUCUCCGCGUAUUUAUGGCAAUGAGAGAGCUGAGCUCCGAUUCCUCGACGUCGUCCUACUCCUCCUCCCCCUCCACGUCCUCCUCGGUCGUCUGCGCCGGCGAGGGCGACAAACGCGGCAAGAAGCGGCCUCGAGCGCGCGACGACGUCGACGCGGGCGCCCCGCCGGCGUACCGCGGCGUGCGGAUGCGGGCGUGGGGCAAGUGGGUGUCGGAGAUCAGGGAGCCGCGCAAGAAGUCGCGCAUCUGGCUCGGCACCUUCCCGUGCCCGAAGAUGGCCGCGCGCGCGCACGACGUCGCCGCGCUCAGCAUCAAGGGCGCGCGCGCCGUCCUCAACUUCCCGGAUCUCGCGCACGUCCUCCCGCGGCCGGCAUCCCUCUCCCCGCGCGACGUCCAGGCCGCCGCCUCGCGCGCCGCGCUCAUGCAGCAGCAGCGGCCCAGCGACUCCUCCCUCGCCACGCCGGCCAAGGCCGCGGGCGCUGCUGCGGCGGACGACGGCGAACGAGCAGCUGCUUCCUGCGACGAGCCGGAGCCGAGCCGGGAGGAGAGGGAGCCGGCGCAGGUGGAGGUGGCCGAGCUGGUGUUCGACGAGCUGGCGCCGCUGUGGGUGGAGGACGUGGUGGACUUCGCGCCGUCCGAUCAUUCGUGGACGCCUUACGAUGGGCAUGAUGCAGUCGGCUUCCAGCCUCUUCUGUGGGAGUAUUAGGCUUGUACACGGGCUUCCUUUUUGGGGAAUUUUUUUUGGCUUGUGUGGUUUUUCUAGUGCAGCUUGAAGUGUACCUUUUAUUUUCCUUUUUCUUUUCAUUUGUUUUGAGUUGAAUUUCAGGUCAUGUGUGGGAUAUCUUAGGCAGCAAAGCGAAAUGUGAACAAAUGCGAGUUUUGUGA